GUUUCAGCGUCAUUUCUUCAGGCACCGAAAGUGAAGAAUCCGUCAUGGCCAGCGCUGCUAGAUUGAAGCGUGUCGGUGCCGUUGUAGCAGCCGCGGGAGGAGCGUGGGGAGCACUGAACAUCCGUGAUCCCGCCCUAAUCUCGGAGAACAACAGAGGGAGCUUCGAGAGCGUCCGGAGCAGGAUCGCCGAUCCUAAUGCUGUCGUCCCAUCGAGGGAGGUCCAGGCGUCCGCCCUGAUGGGCAGCAGCUCCAUCAAUCCCCUCGAUGUCCUCGUCAUCGGAGGUGGGGCCACUGGGUGUGGGGUCGCCCUCGAUGCUUCGUCGAGGGGCCUCCGUGUGGGGCUCGUCGAGCGGGAGGAUUUCUCGUCAGGGACGUCGUCCCGGUCCACCAAGUUGAUCCAUGGAGGGGUUCGCUACUUGGAGAAAGCUGUCUUUAAUUUUGACUAUGGACAGCUGAAAUUGGUUUUCCAUGCACUCGAGGAGCGUAAGCAGGUUAUUGAGAACGCUCCACAUUUGUGCCAUGCUUUGCCAUGCAUGACUCCAUGUUUUGAUUGGUUUGAAGCAGUGUACUAUUGGAUGGGAUUGAAAUUAUAUGAUUUGGUUGCCGGCCCACGCAUGUUGCAUUUGUCUCGAUAUUACUCUGCUAUAGAGUCAGUUGAACUUUUCCCCACUCUCGCUAAGCAAGGGAAAGGUAGAAGCUUGAAAGGUACAGUUGUAUACUAUGAUGGGCAGAUGGAUGAUUCUCGACUUAACGUUGGAUUGGCAUGCACUGCCGCAUUAGCCGGUGCAGCAGUUCUUAACCAUGCGGAGGUGGUUUCCUUUCUUAAGGAUGAGGUUAGUGAACGGAUCGUUGGUGCACGUGUUCGAGACAAUUUAUCAGGCAAAGAGUUUGAUACAUAUGCAAAAGUUGUUGUGAAUGCGGCUGGGCCAUUUUGUGACUCUGUAAGGAAAAUGGCUGACAAAGAUGCACCACCUAUGAUCUGUCCCAGCAGUGGCGUACACAUUGUUCUUCCAGAUUAUUAUUCUCCUGAAGGAAUGGGCUUAAUAGUUCCCAAAACGAAGGAUGGCCGUGUGGUGUUCAUGCUUCCUUGGUUGGGAAGGACAGUUGCAGGAACUACCGAUUCAAGCACUACAAUAACCAUGCUUCCAGAACCACAUGAAGAUGAGAUACAGUUUAUAUUGGAUGCCAUCUGUGAUUAUCUUAAUGUUAAGGUGCGGCGCACAGAUGUUCUUUCUGCGUGGAGUGGCAUACGCCCAUUGGCCGUGGAUCCGUCGGCUAAGAACACCGAGAGCAUUUCCAGAGAUCAUGUUGUAUGUGAAGAUUACCCUGGUUUGGUCACUAUUACUGGUGGAAAGUGGACUACCUACCGAAGCAUGGCAGAAGACGCUGUUGAUGCAGCUAUAAAGUCUGGCAAGCUGAAUCCAUCCAAUGGUUGUGUGACUAACCGCCUGCGAAUUGUUGGUGGGGAUGGAUGGCAUCCUGCACUGUUCACAGUACUAGCUCAGCAAUACAUACGCAUGAAGAAGACACACAGUGGGAAAGUUGUUCCAGGGGUAAUGGACAGUGCUGCGGCCAAGCACUUGGCUCGUGCAUAUGGUACUUUGGCUGAACGAGUGGCUAUGAUUGCUCAGAAUGAGAAUCUAGGGAAGCGGCUGGCCCACGGAUACCCUUUUCUAGAAGCUGAGGUUGCAUAUUGUGCUCGGCAUGAGUACUGCGAGUCCGUCGUCGAUUUCAUUGCUAGGAGAUCUCGACUUGCUUUCCUCGACACCGAUGCAGCAGGCCGGGCAUUGCCACGUGUAAUACAGAUAUUGGCCGCUGAGCACAAGUGGGACAGGUCAAGACAGAAGCAAGAGCUACAGAAAGCUAAAGAUUUCUUAGAAACAUUCAAGUCUUCUAAGAACGCACAAUUCCAUGAUGGAAAGCACACAGGUUCAUGAAUUGAAUUAAGAUGGAAUUCCCUGAGACAAGUUCAAUGUAGCAAAUGAGCAGAUGGUUUUUCGUCAGAGAUUUGUGUUCCUGACUUUUUUGUUGGGAGAAGGUAUGGUCCAAAUAAGUUUCUUUCCACUUAAUGUGACAAACUUCUACUUGCACAUCAAUAAAAGCACGUCUCCCAUUA